UCCGGUGAAUCUCCACUUCUUUGGGCGCUGAGAGCUUGUACCUCGAGGCUCCGGGAGAUAGUAAUACGAAGCUAUGGCGCAGUGAUUACGAACGGGACUGGCGAUACAAACGCCGUGGUAAGUUUAUUACUACGGUAUGGUGCUAACCCGAACAUCAGGAGUCACCAUGGCCGAGUGCCGUUAUUUUGGGCUAUAAAAAGUGGCUCAGUAGCAUUGGUAGAGACUCCCUUGAAAGCAGGAUGCGAUCCAAUAGCGAAAAACAGGUACCGAUGCACACCUCUGAUGAGCGCCACGGUACGUGGAAAGGGUCAGGGUGAUAGCAGCAUUAUUCAAAUCGCCGGGAUCCAUCAAGAUGCACUGGAUGACUGUGGAAGAAGUGCAGUCACGGAAGGUCGGAAGGUGAAUAAUUUUCAUGACAUAUUGGGGAUAUUGUCGCAGUGCUCCGACAAGAUAGCUAGUCUUCCCGAAUCUAUCCUCCGCUUGGAUGGCUACCAAAGAGAAGUAGCUUGCGACAUGUGUCAGGUCUAUAUAGCCGGUGAUGGGGUGUAUUAUCGUUGCUCGAGAUGCAAUGAUUAUCAGUUUGCCAUUUGCGAUGACUGCAAGACGCGAGGCAUGGUGUGUCUGAAUGGGUCGCAUGAAAUGCGUCAAUUGGAACAGAAGCAACUUGACGCGGAGCGACGAAUCAGGUUUGAUGAUAUGUAUGGUCCUUUUCGCAGAUGGAACAGGCCUCGGUGAGAUAUACUAAACAUGUGAGAGUUUUAUGUCGCUAGGCUUACGCCGAAUGAAAAGAUUGGAAUAGGAACAGAAGACUCGGCUUGGUAGCAUCUAGACGGUGGAUAUGCAAUUGCGAUGC